CAUCUGAGCCUCCCACCGUCGUGCCUGAGCUGACCUGUAUGACUGGCGAAGGGAAAUCGUACCGUGGCACGAUCGCUGUGACUGAGGGUGGGAAAACGUGCCAGAGCUGGUCGGUUCAGACACCACACCGACACAACCGCACACCUGACAACUACCCCUGCAAAGGUUUAGAGAACAACUACUGCCGUAACCCUGAUAAUGAGAGGAGGCCCUGGUGUUACACCACCGACCCUGAAACCCRCUGGCAGCACUGCAACGUGCCGCGCUGCGAGAACUCCCCAGAUCCAGGGACCUCAGGAGGAACCUGUGCAGGAAUCCUGAUGGAGACCAGGCCCCCUGGUGUUACACUAUGGAUUCCACAGUCCGUUGGGAAUACUGCAGGCUGGAAAAAUGCUCCACAAAGCCCCCGAAUUCACCAGCCACGAGCGCUCCUGGUCCUCAGCCCACCUCGACCCCGGAAGAAAAAGACUGCAAGGUUGGAAAUGGAGACACUUACCGAGGUCCAACAUCCAUGACCAGACUGGGUGUGACGUGUCAGGCGUGGAGCGCUCAAAGCCCACACGAACACACCUCCUUCACACCACAGACUCACCCAGAUAAAGGUCUGGAGGGCAACAGCUGCAGGAAUCCAGACAGUGAUGCGAAUGGACCGUGGUGCUACACCACUGACAGCUCCAAGAAAUGGGACUACUGCCUCAUCCCCGACUGCACGACCACAAUGAACUGUGGGACAUCAGCUGUCAAACCGAAGCGUUGUUUUGGUCGAGUUGUUGGGGGUUGCGUGUCCAAAGCCCACUCAUGGCCCUGGCAAAUCAGUCUCAGAACCAGUUCAGGAAUCCAUUUCUGUGGAGGGACUCUGAUCCACCCUCAGUGGGUUCUGACCGCUGCUCACUGUCUGGAGAGGUCCAAACGGCCCUCAGCGUAUCAGGUGGUCCUGGGUAUCCACAGGGAGGCCGGCCUGGAGCCGUCAAAACAAACAAGGCAGCUGGAAAAACUGGUUCUGGAACCAAACAAUGCUGAUAUCGCUCUGCUUAAACUAGACAGAGCUGCUGUCAUUAAUGACAAAGUACUGCCAGCCUGUCUGCCAGAAAAGGACUAUAUUGUUCCCAGUGGAACCGAAUGUUACGUCACUGGAUGGGGUGAGACUCAAGGCUCCGGAGGUGAGGGUUACCUGAAAGAAGCUGGUUUCCCUGUCAUCGAGAACAGGGUGUGCAACCGUCCGUCUUACCUGAACGGCAAAGUCCGAGACCAUGAGAUGUGUGCAGGAAACAUCGACGGAGGAAUCGACAGCUGCCAAGGUGACAGCGGGGGUCCUCUGGUUUGUUACGCAGAGAACAGGUACGUCCUGCAAGGAGUCACGUCGUGGGGUUUGGGAUGCGCUAACGCCAUGAAACCCGGCGUCUACGCUCGAGUCUCAAAGUUUACAGACUGGAUCGAUCGAACAGUUAAAGCCGGCUAAAAAGACCCACCAAUAAAUAUGGAAGUGGCGUUGACAAACGAUUGUUAAUUCACAGAAAUGAACAUUCACUCGAAGGAAAAUGUAUUUUAAAAAUCCAUGUCCUUGUUUUGAAGCUGAUUAAACAGUAGAAACACUUUAA